AUAAGUUUGCAGGUGACUUUUGCACACUAUUGAAACAAAGCAUGUAGAUGAAGUCCUAGUUCUAGCAAUUCGGAGUUCCCUUUGCGACUUGCUGUCAAAGUUUGGAUCGACACAACAUAUCCCCACUGCUACACUCACCCGAAACCCCACUUUCGAGCCGCCGAUCUACGCUAAGCCUAUUCGUGGCGAGUUACAGACAGACCAACCAACCAACUCGCUUUUAGCCCUUUGAAUCUCACAAGCCAACAAGAUGGAGCCCCGCGACAAGAUCAUCAAGCUAGUCGUAGCGAAUACCGCUAGUGGAACAGAAGUCCUGAACGUUCAUCAAGGUGUUCUCUGCAAGAGCUCUGGAUUCUUCAAACGCGCGAUGAGGCCAGAAUGGCUUGACUUGAGAGAGAGCCCCGACACCAUUGAACUUCCUGAUGACCCGUUGAAUACGGUCAGCGACUAUAUUAGAUGGCUAUAUACCGCUACGAUGCCAUUGAAGUUAUACAGGAUGAGAGACGAGGACACGAGAGAAAAGAUAGCUGAGGAAUCAGAGAAAGUCUUCAUUCUGCUUGCACAAGCUUACGUCUUCGGAGAGAAAAUAAUCGACGCGAAGUACAAAAACACAGUGGUAAAGUCUGUGUUAGAGGCCAAGGAGAGCGCUGGCUGGAACAUGGGACCGGAGAGCGUUACUAUUGUUUACAAUGGCACCCCGUCUGGAUCACCUCUCAGACGCCUGAUUGCUGAUAAUAUUGCGCGUUUGGCAUAUGACGACUCGGAUAAGGGAAUUGGGUGGAUGAGCUUUUUCGAUGGUUGCCCAAAGGAGGCUUUGGUGGAUGCAAUGAAGGCCACAGUGAGGACACGGGCAAUGGUGGGUCAUGAAAUUAAUCGCAAUGUGAAGUUGCUCGAAACGUACUUUGAGGACGAGCAAGAAUCGGACAACUUCACCUGAGGAACAAAAUGAUGUUUUAGCAGAAGUCCACGGUCAUAUAUUACGAGGCGUACAAUUCAGAGGCCAUGUUUUAAUGACCAUUUUCGGCGACAUCUAAUGUGCCACUCUGGCUAAAUGAUCUGGAGG